GAAACACAGUACAUGAUGUACUGUGGCUACUAUUCUGUCAUGUACUGUGGUAGGAAAUAGAUUAUUUAGAUUAGAUUUAUAAUCCAAUUAAUCUUGGUUGGCAAAUUAUUUUAAAUAAUUUAAAUUUUAAAAUAUUAUUAGACUUUUCAUUUCAAACAUUUUUAUAUUUUAAAGUAUAUUCCUUCCUAAAGUGCUAAACUUAAAACAAAACAAAGCCAUCAUAUACCAGGGACUUCCCCCUUGAUGUCAUAUUAAUAAUUUGAAUUUGAGGCAAAGGCCCAUUCCAUUGGCUUUGAUUUAACUAUAAAGUGCAGUUAUAUUUAUGAUAAUAUAUGGACAAUAAAAUGGGUAAUCUCCUAGAAAACUUAAAUAAACAAUCAAGUAAGUAUGAUGAUACAGAAGACUCAUCUACAUCUACAGCACAUUCUUCUACAGAAGAUUUAGAAUAUGGUGGCGAAGAAAGUAUUGACGAUCAGAAUGAAACUAUUGAUGCAGCUAUACGUCCCUCUCUCUUUGUAUCCCUCCCAAGCCCACAAGAUAUUCUAGAUCUUGACAAAGUAAAGGAGAUCGAAAGCCAGUUAGAUUCGAAUGAAAUAAUUUCUCUGAUAUAUUUAUUGAUUGAAGACAGAACGGAAAUCGAUGUUCAUCUUCAGACUCUCAUUUUAUUAAUGGAAGGUGGCAACCGAAAUGUUUUGUUCCCAUGGGCUGAAUAUCAUUCACACAAGGGACAUAUGUGGCAGAAUAAAUUGAUUGAGGCCCUGUGUAUCAUCAAACAUUACAAAAUUUUAAAUGAAUUAGGAUACAGUAAACAACUGGUUAAGGAUCAUUAUUUACCAAAUAACAUCCAAUCAUUGCAAAUAAAUAAACUGAAGAAAGCAGUGUAUCUAAUUUGUGAUAAUUUUGAUUCCGAAGCAACGAAAACAUUUCUGAAGUAUAUGAGACAAAACUUCAUGAAUAGACAAGUACAAUUUAAUGAAUUCGACGUAGACGACAAUCUUGAACUUUAUUUUUUGAAUUGGGAGAGCAACAGACAGCUUAAUUUUGAAGAAAUCAAAUCGAUUUUAAAAAAGAUGGAACAAUAUCGCCUGUAUGAUAUGCUCUGCAGUGCUCUAGCUGAGAAAACCCCUGUUCUGCCAAUACAAAGCGGUCAGCUACAGAGGAGUAUUUCCCCAGCAAUAACUGCUAGUAGUUACGAGAGUACCCUAAACUCUGAAUUACCAAGAUACGAGGAUGAAGCAGUUACACGUGUCCGAAAGCCAUCAUCUGUUACUAGUGUAGACAAUCAACAACCACAAUCAUCUAGACAACGUAUCGAUGGAGAUGAUCCCUUACAAAAGAUUGCUUUGGAAGAUAUUCUACGUCGCUCUACAUCACCUCUGGAAAUUGGCAUCAUGGAUUACCAGAAUAUUUUCGUUCCAGAUACUAAAGAAGCAGAAACAAGCGAAAAAGCAACUAGUGAUAAAAGUUCUCUCGACAGAUAUGAAAUUGAUCUAAACCGACCAGGUGUAGUACUGAUCAUCAAUCAAAGAGAUUUUUUUACUGAGCCUAGAGAUGAAUACCAUAAUUUGCUACCCCGUAACGGCGAAAGAUUAGAAGUUAGAGAAGGUACUAACAAAGAUCGGGAUAAUUUGAUAAACACAUUUAUACGACGUGGGUUUAAAAAUAUUAUCGUUGCAAACAAUCUUAAUCAUAUUGACAUGUUAGAAAAAAUUAAGGAUACAGUAAAUAAAACAACCAACGAAAGCAGCUUAUUUGUCUGUAUUCUGUCACACGGGAAUGAAGGUGUUGUUUAUGGCUGUAAUAGUUGCCAUGUUAAAGUGAGUAAGAUACAAGAAAUAAUGUCAAACAAGAAUUUUAACCAAAAACCGAAAGUUCUGAUCCUACAAUCGUGCCAAGGGAGGGAAUGCCUUAAAGUUGACUCCAAAGAUGAUGAUGAUUCCAAGUCCCUAACAACCGAUGGCGGAGGUACGACAUAUCGUGACAUGUUAACAUUUUGGGCCACCUUUCCCGGAUAUGCAGCCAUACGGAACAAGCAAACGGGAACGUGGUUUAUCCAAAAUUUGUGUCAGGCAAUACAGGAGGAUGGCGAUGAAUUGCACUUUGUUGACAUAUGCACUAAAGUGAAUCAGAAAAUUCACCAAUUGACCUGGAAAAAACACGAAGAAAUUAUGAUUAUGACACCACUGAUACAUUCGACAUUUAAUCGUCAAUUUUAUUUACCUAAGACGAAUUGAAAUAAUAAUAAUAUGAGUUAAUUUCUUUAUAUAUAUAUACACGGUGACCGGACGACUACGAAACAGAGGCAUUAUCAUCAACUACAACAUUUUUGAAAAACCCAGCGAUAAAAUUUGUGAUUAAAGUGGGUAUUUUCGAUUAUUUUACUUACGCCCCUAAGCCAGAGUAAGAAUCAUCCCAAAAUUUUUAAUGGCAAUGGGGCUGAAAUAAGGUAUCGUUUAAAAAACCACUGUAAUCCUAUUCAUUACUCUUUAAAUUUUUAAAUCCGGUCCAGUACUUUAUUUGAUUUAUUAAAAAAAAAUCUUCUAACGAUACGAGUGGUGUUCUAUAGAUUUUACUUUUUAGAUGUCCCUACAAAUACAAUCCAGGGGCGACAAAUCUGGUGACCCAGAAGGCCAUUCGAUGCUGCCUCUCCUCACAAUCUAAUGCCGUGGAAAAUUUUGAUCUAAAUAUUGACGAACAACUAAAGCAUAAUGCAGAGGAGCAAGGUCCCCUUGAAAGAUUAAAUGAUCUUUGUAAUAGUGUUGAUCAUUUUCAAUAAUAUCAGUCAAGGCAGCAUUAAUCACAUCUCCAGAAAUUGUAAAUACAUUUCGCAAGUCAAAUUGCCAGGUAAAAAAAUGGUCAUACCAGUCGAUAACAAAAAAUACCAGCCCCUACAUUUAAUAUUUGCGGUUGCUGUGUGUGGAAAAUCCUGGAGUUUUAUCAGACCAAUAACGGCAAUUGUGACGAUUUUUCGUUUAGUGCAGUCACUGAAGGUUUUCACCUCCGAUUUCGUUGAACCUUCAUCGAUUUUCAUGAAAAUUGGUGAGUAGUUAGAAGAUACCUCAAGGAACAAAGGUGACAUGAUGCCAACCUGCGCUUUUACCCUGGGGGUGGAUGCCACCCCUUCUCGGGGGUGAAAAUUAUUUUAUUAAAAAUAAUACCAUAAGUCGAUAGAGGGAUAAAUUCUAAGCAAAAUUUGUUAGAUAAAGUUAUUAAAUAUAAAUCAAUACUUUUUGAGUUAUUAAAGAUCAAAGAUUUUAUUUUUUCGUUAAAAAAUGCAUAUGUUAAAGCUGUUUUUCACUUAUAACUAGUGUGACCAACUCCAAUUCAGUCGAAUUCGGGACAAGGCUGAAAAAAAUGCCUAAAAUCCGGGACUUUUGAAUGAACAUCGGGCUAUUUUUUUAUUUAUAACUUUAAUAUCAUCUUUUUAUUGAUUAUGUAACAUUUUUUAUGUUUACAAUGAUAUCUUAAAUGGAUUAAGACAGAAUUGGUUGUAAUCAUAAUUAUUACAUUUUUGUUAGUUUAUGACGUUUCGACUUCCAAUCCGGAAAUAGUUCUCGACAUAGACACGAAAAAUUAGAAAAUAAACUAUUGUUUAAUUUUCAUGCAAAUAUAGCCUUAGGGUUAUACAAAAAUUUAAUUAUCAUUACAACCAAUUGUGGAUUAAUCCCUUCAAAAAUAUAAUUGUCAAACAUGCCAUAAGAAAACAGCUUCAGAACAUUUUUAUGCUGAUUACUUCUUACUAUCUUAUUUGUCGAACGAUUGAAUUUGCUUAAAAAUGAAAAGAAUUCGAUUUGAUGUGAAUUCUUAGAGGAGUAUCGUACCUAUUCAAAUUUAGAAAUAGAAUUUUGAGAAAACGUUGAAAAUUCGGAUGGCCCGGAAGCCUUAUCCGGGACGCCGGGACACGACUUCGUAAUUCGGGCCAUGUCCCGGAUUUUUCGGACUAGUUGUUCACACUACUUAUAACUCAAAAACUAUAAGCUUUUACAAAAAGUUAUUAUUGCCAAAAUUGAAAAUAAUAAAUAAUUGAAUACACUCCUCACUUAAAGUACUAAACUAAUGUUAAUUCAAAGUGAGUUAUGGGUAAUUGAAUGUAUAUUUUUUUCGACGAAUACUCAAAUCUAAGUAUUCAAGCUUAAAUAACGGGAAAACGAUGCAUUUUAUAAAAUAUACAUUCUAAUCAUUUGUCAAGGUACUUUGGAAUACCUAUCAAAUGAGUUCCAGAAGAAGUUAAUAGCAUCAAAAUUCAGCAAGUUAUGAUGAAAAUAAGAGAACCCUUUCGAUUUUUUUAGGAAAAAGUGAAAAAUAAAAUAUAUGCCAUUUCCACAAAAAUUAAAAUUUAUGUAAUCCUUACAAGAAUUUCUUUAUAUUAGCAUAAGUAAUUAUUUCAAGAAUUUUCACCGGUUUGGAAAGCAUAUUUUUGAAAAAUAGAUAUAAUUUAAAAAAAAUCAGAAUUUUUAAAAUCAUCGUAAUUUUUAUAUUCUUUUGAUAAUAAUUCCAAAAAUACUCAAUAUAUGUAAAAAAUGAUACAUAACCAAAUUUUAGUUUUUUCUGUAUCAAAUAUUUUACCUUUUUACUAUUUCUGUAGGGUAAAAAAUAACCGAGAUAGAAACGUUUAAAGCUUAAAUUUUGCUGCAAGAACCAUGUAUCCGGGACUAUUUAACCUUUUAUUGUCAAAAAAGUAAGGGGUUUAAUGGAAUUAACUUUCAAAUGGUUUUUAGGUGAACCUGAUAUCGUAAGAAUUAACGGACUUAUAAAAAAACACCAUAUUUUGGAAAAAAUUUUCGAGCAUUUUAAUGCUAUUGACUCGUUCGGGAGCUCAUGUGAUAGAUAUUUCUAGGUACUUUGACAAAUGUUUAAUAAGUUUAAGUUGUAAAAUGCAUCAUUUUCCCGUUAUUUAAGCUUGAAUGCUUAGAUUUGGGUACUCGCCGAAAAAAAUCUACAUUCAAUUAUCUAUAACUCACUUUAAGUUAACAUUAAAAGGUUUUUCUAGUAAGGAGUUUAUUUCGUUUUUUAUUAGCUUCAAUUUUGGUAAUAAUAACUUUUUUGUAAAAACUUAUAGUUUUUGAGUUAUUUGUGAAAAUCGGUUAAAAACAUGCAUUUUUCUCACGAAAAAUUAAAAUCUUUGAUCUUCAAUAACUCAAAAAGUUUUGAUUUAUUUUAAUAACUUUAUAUAACAAAUUUUGCUUAGAAUUUGUCCCUCUAUCGAAUUAUGGGGUUAUUCUUAAUAAAAUAAUUUUCACCUCCGAGAAGGGGUGGCAUCCACCCCCAGGGUAAAAGCGCAAGUUGUCGCAAUGUCACCUUUGUUCCUUGAGAUAUCCUCUAACCACUCACCAGUUUUCAUGCAAAUCGAUGGAGGUUCAACGAAAUCGGAGGUAAUAGCUCAUAUCCAUCUCCAGUAAUUGCACUAGUUCCAUUUUUUAUGAGAACAGUGUAUUCACCGCAGAAAAAAUAUUAAAGCGCAACUGUGGAUCACUCACUGCUCGCUCACUAAUUAUUUCACAAAACUGUAAACGUCGGUCAUAAUCAUUCUCAUUAAGUUUCUGUACUAGGUGUACAUUUUAUAUGAAUGGAAUUUGUUCUUCAAAAUGGCUUAAACGCUAAUUAUGUUGAUUCCAGGUACAGCUUCUACUUGCCUCGUAGUUACCAUACAGUGCGCUGGAAUAAUUGUUACCCCCCCCCCCUAUUAACUUAUUUAUUUUUAGCACAUAAGCAAAACGCUCGGACAGGUCGAUUUUUAAAAUGAUCAAAGUGUAUUAUAACAUCAAUGUUUCGAACUUCAUGCGAUCCCUCUUCAGGUGACAGGCACAACUUUAAUUUUUUUAAAAUGGAAAAGUACAUCAUAUGACAGCUGAUUUAAAAGCAAUUGAAAUACUGAUUACAAAAAUGUAUAAUACUUUAACCUUUUUUGAGAGCGUAGGCGCAAAAUUUCGAUCGAAUUAUUUUUAAACGCAUUCAUGUUUUUCGAAUCACCUGAAGAGGGAUCGUGCAAAAUUCGAAACAUUGAUGCUAUAAUAUACUAACACCGAGCAUUUUGUUUAUGUGCUAAAAUAAAUAAGUUAGUAAGGGGCGGGGGGGGGGGGGGGGAUAACACUUAUUCCAGUGUACUGUAUAAUCUAGGUGAACAUCUCAUAAUACUGCAACUUAAUAUGUUCAUUAAUCUCAGCUUCCUGAAUUUUUUUUACCGAAUCCAAAACAUACUUUCUACUGUUGUGUUUAUCUUGUCAUUCAAUAAAUUGCUGAGCCGUCAUAUUGGCACAUUAUUGUUCAUAGAAUACAACUAAAAGAUAUCUACCCUUUCCGGAAUGGAAUAAACCAUGGUAAUAAAUUUUCAAAGACAACAAAUUAACGCUUACAACUGAUAUUUACAAGAGAAUCCUCGAAUUUCAGGUUCUUUAUGUGUUUAAAUCAUAUCCUUUACUUAGUGUGACAAAUGUGACAAAAUAAAACAAAAGCUGUGCGAAGAAAUAAAAUCUAAACCAUUUGCGUACUAUAUCAACUAAUUAGGUAGGUAAAUACAAUUGAAAGUAUAAGUCUUUUUAAAUAAAUAAAAUGAAGUUUUGAUGUAUCGAAUUUAAAAAAUUAAAGACAAAAACUAUAUCUUAUUUGACCCCCAUUGCCAUUAAAAAAUGUUGGGGUGAUUUUUACCUUAGCUUAGUAGUGAAAGUAAAUUUAAAAAACAAUUAAUGAAGAAAUUUUUAAAAAAAGUAUAUUUAUUUAAAAACCCUCAAAGAGGAUUUAAUAACCACCUGAGCCACCAAAAACACAUCGGUACAAACUCUUUAAAUGUUAAAACGUUAUUAUUGAACCAAAUGAUGGAUAAAAAUCACUUGGAUUUUUCAAUAAUGUCAUUGUAAACAUUAAUAACAUUUAAAGGCUUAACAUGUAUUUUUGGUGGCUCAGCAUGUGAUUUGCCUGUAAAAGCACUGAUGGUGAUCUACUUAGAUCGAAAAAUUUCUGUGAUAGAUGUGGCCCUUGAAAGUUUUUUAAAUAAAUAUCCCUUUUAUAACGGAUAUUUUUCCUGAUGGAUUUUGAAAGUAAAUUAUCUGAAAUUACCGUAAAAAUGUGUCCACCUUUAAUCAAAAAUUGAUCUGUCGCUGGGUUUUUUAAAAAUGUUGUCUAGUUCCUGAUAAUGCCUCUGAUUCGUUUUCGUCUGGCCACCAUACAUAAAACAUAAGAUAAAAAGUUAUAGAUUCUAAAAACAAUAAUUAUUGAGAAUGACAAUAUUAUGUUAUAUAAAUAUUAAUGUAAAUUAUAUUAAAGGUUAUUUUUAAACGAAA